AUGCACGCACAUUUUGCUCCUCCACUUCAGGCAGCUGUUGCAGCUGUGAUGGCACUUUCGAAUACAUCGUCCGCUUCAUCAACGUCUGAAAGCCAUGCAUUGACACCGAUUCAUCAAACAGCAACGAAGAGCGAAUGGAUGGAAGCAAUCGAACAACAACAUUUAGAACGAUCGGCAUUAAACCGACUGAUUAUCAAUUAUCUCAUCACUGAGGGUUUCAAAGAAGCAGCGGAGAAGUUCGCUGAAGAAGCUGGAAUGCCGUUGAACGAUAUUGAUUUGACCUCAGUUGAAGAACGUUUGAAAAUUCGGGAAGCAAUUGAAAACGGCAAAAUUCAAGAAGCAAUUGACUUUAUUAACAAAAAAUCGCCGGAAUUGCUCGACCAAAACCGACAAUUAGCAUUUCAUCUCAAGCAACAACAUCUGAUCGAAUUGAUUCGUUCGAAUUUAAUCGACGAAGCUUUAACCUACGCGCAGAUUCAUCUCGCUGAAUUUGCCGAAGAUGAACUGAAAAUGCGACAAGAAUUAGAAAAAACCAUGGCUUUGCUGGUUUUCGAUAAACCAUUAGAAUCUCCUUAUGGUUAUCUAAUGCAACUAUCACAUCGUCAACAAGUCGCCAAUGAAAUCAACAGUGCGCUGCUCAUCGAUCAAAACGAACAAUCAGAAUCGGAUUUAUCGAUGUUAGUCCGGAUGGUUACGUACAUGCAGGACAAAUUAGAUAAUAAAUCUCUACGUUAUCCAAAAUUAAUUGAUAUAGCAACGGGAAAACUGGACGAUUGUUGA